UCCAUGUUCUGUUCUAUUGUCUCGUUGUUCUUAUUCCCUCGUGUUUUCUGUGCUGGAUUCUGUUUAUUGGACUUUUGCUGGACUCGCCAGCUGCUUGUUUCUGCAGGAAGUGAAUGCAGCAUCUCAAGGCUGCAUCUCUCAGUGACGUCACCGGAGUGAGGGAGGGAUGCUACACUGUGAACCGCCGUCAGGGAGUCGGUAGAGAGAUGGCACCGUCCUUUCUUCUCUUCUUCUCCACCAUGUUGCCCUUACUCAGCGUGUCUGCGUAUAAUACAUCUGCCGGUUGUGCAAUCAUCCGUCCUCCCAGAGAUGGAGGGAUAAGGUACCGAGGUCUGACACAAGAGCAGAUCCGCAGUGUGCAAGUGCUGCCAGUAGACUACGAGAUAGAGUACAUCUGCAGAGGCAACAGGGUGAUUGUCGGACCAAAGGUCAGGAAGUGUUUGCCCAAUGGCACUUGGACCGAUCUGAGCCAGCACAGCAGAUGUUUGUUGUUGUGUCCUCGGGUUUGGACAUCACUGGAAAAUGGUCGAGUGUCUUCUUGGCCCCUGGGGCCUCCGGUGGAGGGGACAGUGCUGCACUACAGCUGCCUGCCAGGCUUCAUCCUCAUGGGCCGAAACUCAACACAGUGCAAUAAGAUGGGCAAGUGGGACAUGCCCAAACCCGUGUGUCACUAUGACCGACACUACAAAGGCAAGAAGAAGCUCUACAUCGGAGCCCUCUUCCCCAUGAGUGGAGGCUGGCCAGGCGGACAAGCGUGCCUCCCCGCAGCUCAGAUGGCUCUGUCCCUUGUGAAUAAGAGGACCGACAUACUGCCGGACUACGAGCUGGAGCUGAUACACUAUGACAGUAUGUGUGAUCCGGGAGAGGCGACCAAGCUGCUGUAUGAUCUCCUGUACACCGAGCCCAUUAAAAUCGUGCUGAUGCCGGGCUGCAGCUCCGUAUCUACGCUGGUGGCCGAGGCUGCUCGCAUGUGGAACCUCAUCGUGCUGUCGUACGGCUCCAGCUCUCCGGCUCUGUCCAACCGCCAGCGCUUUCCCACCUUCUUCCGCACUCACCCGUCUGCCACGCUGCACAACCCCACUCGAGUGCAGCUCUUCCAGAAGUGGAAAUGGACCAAGAUUGCCACCAUUCAGCAAACGACAGAAGUCUUUACAUCGACUCUGGAUGAUCUGGAGGAAAGGGUGAAGGAGGCAGGGAUUGAAAUCAGCGUUCGUCAGAGCUUCCUCACCGACCCUGCUGUGGCUGUCAAAAACCUCAAGCGCCAAGAUGCCAGAAUCAUUGUUGGCCUCUUCUAUGAGACGGAGGCCAGGAAAGUCUUCUGUGAGGUGUACAAGGAGAAGCUGUACGGGAAGAAGUACGUGUGGUUCCUCAUCGGCUGGUAUGCAGACAACUGGUUCAAGAUAAAGGACCCGUCCAUUAACUGUACCGUGGAGCAGAUGACGGAGGCGGUGGAGGGUCACGUGACUACCGAGAUUGUCAUGCUCAACCCGGAGACGGUGCGAGGAGCCUCCAACCUGACCUCUCAGGAGUUUCUGGCUCAGCUGAUGUCUAAACUCGGGGGUAAAAAUCCAGAGGAGACAGGCGGUUUCCAGGAGGCUCCGCUGGCCUACGACGCUGUGUGGGCUCUAGCCCUGGCCCUCAACAAGACUGUGGGGCCUCUAAAGGCCAAAGGGCACCGGCUCGAAGAUUUCAACUACAACAACCGAGACAUCACCGCUGAGAUCUACCGAGCCCUGAACACCAGCUCCUUCGAAGGAGUUUCAGGCCACGUCGUGUUUGAUGCUCAAGGUUCUCGAAUGGCCUGGACUCUUAUUGAACAGCUUCAAGGAGGGAGCUAUAAGAAGAUUGGAUACUACGACAGCACUAAAGGCAAUCUGUCCUGGUAUGGGAAUGACAAGUGGAUAGGCUCAGGACCUCCUGCAGACCAGACAGUGGUCAUCGAGGAGUUUCGCUACCUGUCCCAGAAGCUCUUUGUGUCUGUGUCUGUCUUUGCCGGGCUGGGAAUCCUGCUGGGAAUUGUCUGCCUCACCUUCAAUAUCUACAACAGCAAUGUCCGGUACAUUCAAAACUCUCAGCCGUACCUUAACAACAUGACCGCAGUGGGCUGCAUGAUGGCUCUGGCUGCUGUCUUUCCUCUGGGCAUCGAUGGCCUCCACGUCCACAGGAGGCAGUUCCCCGUCGUCUGCCAGUUUCGCCUGUGGUUGCUCGGCCUGGGUUUCAGCCUCGCUUACGGCAGCAUGUUCACCAAGAUCUGGUGGGUGCACACCGUCUUCACCAAGAAGGAUGAGAAGAAGGACAAAAGGAAGCACCUGGAACCGUGGAAACUUUACGCCACCGUCGGUGUGCUGCUCGGCAUCGACGUCCUCUCGCUGAUGAUCUGGCAGAUUGUGGAUCCUUUACAUAUCACAGUGGAGAAAUUCACCAGAGAAGCCCCCAAAGGAGACCUGGAUGUUUUGAUCCAGCCUUUACUGGAGCACUGCAGCUCAGAAAAGAUGAACACCUGGCUGGGUGUGGUGUACGGUUAUAAAGGCUUACUGCUGCUGCUCGGCAUCUUCCUGGCCUAUGAGACCAAGUCCAUCUCCACGGAGAAGAUCAAUGACCACCGCGCUGUGGGCAUGGCCAUCUAUAAUGUCGCUGUCCUGUGUAUGAUCACAGCUCCGGUCACCAUGAUCCUGUCCUCUCAACAGGAUGCCUCUUUCGCCUUCGCCUCUUUGGCCAUCGUCUUCUCGGUCUACAUCACUCUGGUGGUUCUGUUCGUCCCUAAGAUGCGGCGUCUGAUAACGCGGGGUGAGUGGCAGUCAGAUGCCCAGGAGACCAUGAAGACCGGCUCGUCCACCAAUAACAACGACGAGGAGAAGUCCAGACAGCUGGAGAGGGAGAACAAGGAGCUACAGAAGAUCAUCCAGGAGAAAGAAGAACGAGUAUCAGAGCUGAGAAACCAGCUGUCUGAGCGACAGGCUCUGCGAUCAAGGAGAAGAGCAUCCACUGUCACCAAUCAGAACCACAGCUCUCCACCCCUCGCUAUCCCUCACAGUGACCCCAGGUCUCUGGCACCCCCUCCGGGGUACCCCGCCCCAACCUCCGACCCCCACACCAUCUCUCCAUCCUUCGCCAACUCAUCCAGCCUCUACCAACCGGACAGCAAGAUCAGCCGGAAUAACUGCCAUACCAGCCGGCUACAGCUGCUAUAUAAGUAA